AUGCAAAGCCUAGGAAAAUGGUACGAUGCCAGCCUUAACGACACAAGCAGCACAAACCGCACCAAGAACCAACUCCAAGAAGGUCUGAAGCAGAUAGACCAGACAUCACUUCCUGGGAAAUUCAAGACAUGGUUAUACCAACAUGGAUUGUUACCAAGACUCAUGUGGCCUCUAAUGCUGUAUGAGAUAGCAGUUUCUACUGUGGAAGGCUUUGAAAGAACCAUCAACCGAUACCUCCGUAGAUGGCUAGGGGUCCCACCAAGUUUCACCAGCAUCGGACUGUAUGGGAGGACCAACCAGCUCCAACUCCCAAUAUCAUCAGUUGUUGAGGAGUACAAAGUUGCUAAGGCCAGGAUGGUGGUGACACUGAAAGAAUCUUCUGAUGAUCUGAUCAGGAUGGCAGGCAUAGAGACUAGAACCGGAAGGAAGUGGUCGGCAAGCCAGGCGGUGUCCCAAGCUGAAAGUAUACUGAGACACAAAGACAUCGUCGGAACUACUACGGAGGGCAGACAAGGGCUUGGUAUGAUAAAACCACAGCGAUGGAGUAGGGCAGAUAAAAGGGAGAGGAGUCAGAUGGUGCAGAAGGAAAUCAGGGCGAGCGAAGAGGAGAGCAGAAGAGCCCGUUCAGUUGAAAUGGGUGGACAAUGUGCCUGGAAUAAAUGGACAACAACAGAGAGGAAGUUGACUUGGGCAGACAUCUGGCAGUAUGAGCCGCUAAGACUCAAAUUCCUGUUAAGGUCAGUUUACGACCUGCUGCCAUCCCCAACCAACCUCCACAGAUGGGGUCUAGUGGAAGACCCAAGUUGUAGUCUUUGUAACAAGCCAGGCACCAUGGAACACAUCCUGUCAUCAUGUCAGACUUCGCUGACACAGGGCCGCUACAAAUGGAGACAUGAUGCUGUCCUUAGGGAGCUAGCAGAUGUACUUGAGCGCGAGAGAAGGAAGAAAAGAACAGCAAAGAAAACAGCAUCUACAAAGAUCAACUUUGUCAAGGCAGGGGAAACAACCACAAAGCAAGCUCCUAGAAACACGUCGAUCUUAGAUGAAUCAGACCAAUGGGAGAUGAAAGUUGACUUAGGGAAGAAGCUGGUCUUUCCCGAGAUUGUCCAAACUACACUGAGGCCUGACAUAGUGAUAUGGUCCACCAAACACAAGAAGCUGGUGACCAUUGAACUCACCGUCCCAUGGGAAUCAAGGUGCGACAUGGCAUAUGAGCGGAAGAAAACCAAAUACACUGAUCUCUUAGACCAGUGCAGUUCCCGCGGUUGGAAAACAUGGCUGUUCCCGAUCGAAAUUGGCGCCAGAGGCUUUCCCGCACAAUCACUGUGGAGGAUGCUAAGUGCCCUAGGAAUCAGGGGAGGAGAGAGAAAGAGAGCUGUUGGGAGACUAGGUCAAGCAGCAGAGAGAGCGUCCAGUUGGCUAUGGAUUGAGAGGGAGGAGAAGAGCUGGCAGCUAACCACUGACCCGUAG